AUGGUGGGUGUGAGAAGGAGGGGAGGUGGGAGGAGUAGUGAGGAUGGGCCACGAGGUGGUGCCACUGACUCGAGGACAGGAACAAAGGAAAAGAGCAGAAGGUUCCCAGAGGUUCUCACACUACCAGCCCUGCCCUCCACCCUCUAUCACUCCCUCCUCACUCCCUCCCCACCUCCACUGGAGACACUGGAUGACAUCAUAUCCACCACAUAA